UCUCCUUUGAAAAACCAAUUCCCCUGCCACAAGAAACAUGAGCUAGAUAUAAAUUUUAACAUCACUUUUUCACUUUCUACUAGGCUGAUUAAUUUCUCUUUGAUUUGAGCAAUGACAUCAAUGGCGACAAUGAGCAGCAUUGGUUCACAAUUCCCAGGGAAUUUGAGCAGUGCAAAUAGGGAAAAUGUGAUCAAAACAGGUGAGGUUUUGAGGGUGAGGUUUUAUUCUUCACAUAACAAUAACAUAUCAAACAUCAAUAAACAAAGACUUCCAUUGGUGACAUCAAGUUAUCAUGGUAGUCCUCAAAAAGUGGACACUGUCAAUGGAACCAAGGUGAAUGGAAUACAUGUAGCAGAAGCUCCUCUAGCAGCAAAUGAAUACAAAGCAGAUGUGGGUCUUGUCACAAAUGGAAGGUUUGUGGAGGGUAGGUUUGUGUAUAGGCAAAUUUUUGUCAUCAGGUCUUAUGAAAUUGGACCAGAUAAAACUGCCACCAUGGAGACACUCAUGAAUUUUCUUCAGGAAACUGCUCUAAAUCAUGUCACCAGCUCUGGGAUAGGUGGAGAUGGCUUUGGAGCUACCCGCGAGAUGAGCCUUCGGAAACUCAUUUGGGUUGUUACUCGAAUUCAGGUUCAAGUGCAGAGAUACAGCAAAUGGGGAGAUGAAAUUGAAGUUGAUACUUGGGUUGAUGCAGCAGGAAAGAAUGGAAUGAGAAGGGAUUGGAUAAUCAGGGAUCGUUACACCCAAGAGAUCAUAACAAGAGCUACAAGCAUAUGGGUGAUCAUGAAUAGAGAAACAAGAAGACUAUCCAAGAUACCUGGAGAGGUUAAACAAGAGCUUGUGCCUUUUUACCUCAAUAGGAUUUCAAUUCCUACUGAAGAAAGAGAUUGUGAAAAGAUAGACAAGCUCACUGAUGAAACUGCUGAGAGAAUCAGAUCUGGGUUGGCUCCAAGGUGGAAUGAUAUGGAUGCUAACCAGCAUGUGAACAAUGUCAAAUACAUUGGAUGGAUGUUAGAGAGUGUGCCAAUUGAAGUGCUGGGAGAUUAUAACAUGACAAGCAUGACACUGGAGUUUCGGCGCGAAUGCACGCAAACAAAUUUGUUAGAAUCCAUGACAUGUCCAACAGAGAGGGUGAUGAACGAGUCCAACAAUUACUCCAUCAGAAGACCUGACCUGCAAUACACACACUUACUUCGUCUUCAACAUGAUAAAUCAGAUGUUGUCCGAGCCAGAACUGAAUGGCAUCUUAAGCAAAAGCAACAAUGAUAAAUGAAAUGUGACAAAACCCUGCAUUUGUGCCCUCUAUAUCCCAUUAUGUUUCCUUAUAGCUUUUUUUCUUUUCUUUUCUGGUUUUGCUUUCCAUGACCCUUUAAAGUCUGCUCAUUGAAUUUGUCAUUCAAUUUAAAUCCUUUGUAAAAAUUUUUCCUGUGACGGGAACUAUAGUUUGCAAACUGUUGAGAGAUUCAUUGUAAAUAAGAACAUGUUGCUAAUAGUUUAUUAAAAUAUCAACAUGGUAAAGAAGUUUGUACC